AUGGGAUUUCCAGUGGGUUUCGGCAGCAUUGCUAUUCCCAGAGUGCUGUUAUACACAGCAUCAGCCAUGGACUAUUUAAACAACCUCAUAUGUUGUUUUCUUUCAGCUCUCCAACUGAGCAGGACGCAACAAGUUGAGAGCUAUUCGUGGCAAGAAUUGUCAGAAUUUUCCUCUACCAUUUCUUCCACAUCAGGUGAGAUGAUAAAACACAAGUUGCCUCUUAUUAUGUUUCGAAAUGUUGCAGGCAAAUUGACUGAGAUUGAGAAGGACAUUGUGUGCGCUGUCUGCUUGAGCCCCUUCGAAGAAGAAGACGAAAUCCGAGAGCUGUGCAAUUGCAGUCACAUAUUUCAUAGGGAUUGUUUGGAUAAAUGGAUUGAUAACCAUAAGGAUUCCUGCCCUUUCUGCAGAUGUCCUCUGCUUGAACCAACUGUUUUUUUUUCAAUUUAA